AUGGCAGACGAUAAGCGGCGAAUAUACGUAGGAUCGAUGUCUAAGUCGCUUGCGGAAAAUCCGCGUGACCUGGAACAGCGAUUUGAGAAGUUUGGGAAAGUAGUCCGUGGCUUUGAAAUCCACCAUAAAGAAGUGCUAGACUACUAUUAUGGAUACAUUACAUUGCAAAUACCCGAGGAUCAGCUCAAGAAGCUUAAGCGCUCAUUUAAUGGUGUCACAUACAAGGGAUCAAAGCUUGCCAUACAGGAAGCUAAACCGGAUUACAAAGAAAGAUGGCUCAAGGACAACCGCAGACAAGAUACCAAGAUCAAAGAUAGACAAAUCAGAGAGCGCAUAGCACAAUGCCGUCUAGAGAGAAUUGCUCAAAGAGAUACCAAUCCUUUUGAGCUCUCAAACACAGAGAAAGGAAGAUUGAGACGGACUCCUAGAAAGACAAGUUUAGCCAAAUUGUCUAUGAGAGCGAACAUCAAGGGCACGCUCAAGAUUGUGAGGGCCCGCAAAACCAAGGUAUGGGGCUACAACAAAAACAAGCAUCCCGUGGAUCUUGUUUGGAGAUACAUUGACGGCGAAUGGAGAGAUGGUAAUGAUCAUACCGUGGAGAAAGUGAAGACAGAUUUCACUAUGGGAGAGACAGAGAAGGAAAUCAUAGAGGAGAAAGAGCGCACAACCAAAAUGUUGGAGUCCUGGAUGGAUUCUUUUGAUUUUAAUAAGCCGGUUGAUCUUAGUGACGACGAAGAGCUUAAAAACAUGUCUGUUUCCAGAGAUCGCGAAAACCAGGCUAUGGAUGAGCCUGUUGACAAAGAGCCGGCGGUGGUCGUUUUUGAUGAAGAGGAUACAGUCCCACAAGCCUCAAACGAGCAGAAAGAUGAGGACGAGGAUGUGGAUACCGAGUUUUUGCCUUCUUUCUUGCAAAAAGCAAAGCCAGUUGAACAGAAGGAAGAGCCAUCUGCUUCCAACAAAACCACCGAAGUUCUGAGAACGUUAUUGAACCCGACAGAGCCGGUCAAAGAGCCCGAAUACAUGGAGCCCGAGAUGGCAGCUCCCGUUACUAGUUCCAAAAAAUACGGGCUCUUUUUCUCGCACUCAAAGUCACCCUUCCUGAGUGCCCAGACACAGCUCGCUACUUUGAAGACCGUCGAGAUUGGAGAAGAAUAUGACAAAUGGUUUUGGGAGAAUCGUGGAGAUUUGAAUAGAUACUUCAGGAGACGGCGCAGGGACGUUCUUCGGCAGGCAAAGAAAGGAGGCCGCGCACCACUGAUUUAA